AUUAUCAGUUUAUACACCUCUGGCGGAAAAUAUCACCUACGUCAGAAUGGAUACUGGACUUCCUCACAAACAGACCCCCAGGGCUGUGUACUCAGCCCCCUCCCGUUCACACUGUACACCCAUGAAAAUUCAUAUCGAGAGGAAAUCAAUGAAUCAAUAUAUAUAUAUAUAUAUAUAUAUUACUUUUACUUCAGGAUUAGGUAAUUGUUGCCUAUGCUUUAGUACUUGUUUAACAUGUACUCUUGACAGACUAUUUCUACUGUGUAGUAUUAGUACUUUAGUUUCCUCGUCGUCCUCCAGUCCAGCAGGGGUCACUGUUGGCUCUGAACUCGGUGUCUUUGUUUACUUGCUGCUGGCUCUCUUUCCUCGCUCCGAGACUCAAAGUGCGCAGAAAGGAGGAACAUGUGCGCCGUGCAGCUGCUGCGGGUGUCGGUACAUGAGCGGAUCAGCGCUGCCGCUGAAGACUUUCUGCUGCAGGUGGAGAAAGGAGAAGAAACGGCUCAAGUCCCGGCGAUGAGAGCGAUGCUCACCGAGCGGCUAACGGCGGCGGCGGAGGAGAUCGUAUCUGUGUUUGAGGAAACCGUGGCGGAGUACGAAGACAGAGUGGAGCGGUCAGAGCGGGAGAUCUGCCGCCAGAGGAGGCUGCUCGAUGCCGUGAUGAAGCCCGAAGUCCGGCUGCACAGAGCAGACUUCCUGCAACUGGUGAGUAAAGAAGAGGCUCCCUCUGAGCAGCAGCAGUGGAGCCCCCUUGUGGACCAGGAGGACCCAGAGCCCCCCCACAUUAAAGAGGAACAGGAGGAACCGUGGACCAAUCAGAAGGGAGAGCAGCUUCAACAACUGGAGGAGGCUGAUAUCAAGUUCACAUUGACUCCUGUCGCUGUGAAGAAUGAAGAAGAUGAAGAGAAACCUCAGUUGUCACAGCUUCAUCAGAGUCAGACUGAGGAGAACAGUGCGGACUGUGGAGGACCAGAACCAGCCAGGAACUCAGGUCCUGAUGGACAUUUACAACCAGGUCCUGAGGACAAGACUGAAGAAUCUUCUGAGACUGAAGACUCGUCUGAGACUGAAGUCAGUGAUGUUGAUGAUUGGAUGGAGACCAGGGAACCUCGGUCUGGUUUAAAUACAAGAAAUAACAAACAUUCUCUAAGUGAUAUGAGAUGUAAAACUGACAAGAAAUCAUUUAGUUGCUCUGAGUGUGGUAAAAGAUUUAACCGAAAGUACAAUCUGAAUACACACAUGAGGGUUCAUACAGGAGAGAAACCCUUUAGUUGUUCUGAGUGUGGUAACAGAUUUAGAAAUAAGGCACAUCUAACUAUACAUAUGAGAAGUCAUACAGAAAAGAAACCCUUUAGUUGCUCUGAGUGUGAUAAAAUAUUUAACCAUCAGGCCGAAUUAAAGAUGCAUAUGAAGAGUCAUACAGAAGAGAAACCCUUUAGUUGCUCUGAGUGUGGUAAAAGAUUUAUACAUGAGACCGAUCUAACUAUGCAUAUUAAGAGUCAUACAGAAGAGAAACCCUUUAGUUGCUCUCAGUGUGAUAAAAGAUUUUCGCUGAAUGCUCACUUAAAGCGUCACGUGAGCAUUCAUACUGGAGAGAAACCAUUUAGUUGCUCCGAGUGUGGUAAAACAUUUAGACUAAAGGGCCUUCUAACUGAACAUAUGAGAAGUCAUACAGGAGAGAAACCAUUUACUUGCACUCAGUGUGGUAAAACCUUUCGUCAUAGGGGCUUUCUAAAUAUUCAUAUAAGGAGUCAUUCAGGAGAAAAAUCCUUUAGUUGCACUCUGUGUGGUCAUACAUUUAGAGAAAUGUCUGGUUUAAAGAGACAUAUGACAAGUCAUACAGGAGAGAAACCAUUUAGUUGCUCUGAGUGUGGUAGAAAAUGUAAUGAUAAGAGCAAGAUAACUGAACAUAUGAGAAUUCAUACAGGAGAGAAACCAUUGAGUUGCACUAAGUGUGGUAAAGCAUUUAGAUAUAAGAGACUUUUAAAUCAACACAUGAAGAGUCAUACAGGAGUGAAACCCUUAAGUUGCACUUAGUGUGCAAAAAAUUUAACAAUACGUCCAACAUUAUAUAUAUAUGUAUAUAUAUCAUUCAUCCGUUUCUCAAGUCACUCUAACACUAAUAAGUUCCCAGUUUGAUUUAUAUAGUACAUAGGGUAUUAUUAUUAUACAUAUUAUUGGUACAUAUUAUUUUCAGUAUCAUCUGCAAGAUUUCCACUUACUGACACAUUUGUUUCGUAUGUUUCUUUCUCAUGUAACUUUGUUAUUUUAUUUUUGUUUCCAUUUAUAUUUACAAUUAAGCCCUGGUUCUCAAUAACUCAGUAUACACUUUAUAUUGCAUUUGCAAUACACUUUUAUUUUCACGUAUUCUUUUUUUAUUCUGCAAACUAGCAAAAGAAUUUCCUCCAGGAUUAAUAGUCUUAUCUUCCAUUUAAAUGGUUCCUAUCACUGCAUGAUGUUUUCUCCUUCACUGUGGCAAUAUAAUCUUUUUCUUUUUUAAUAUAUUUCUUUCUCCCCAUGUUGCACCGACUUGUUUCUUGACACAAAUGACUGCUUAUUCGUAUGUGGCUUGUGUGAUGGUGCACUACAGAGGCCCCUUUAAUUUGCAAUCUCUUUGCACUCAUGAUUAUAACUUAUCUCUUCAAUGCUGUAACCGUUGUAGGGCAGUGUUUGUCUCAUUCAGGUCUUUGUCAGAGCAAGUGGGCACCUCUGAGGAUGUGGUCCAUGGU